GAAUUGUGUUUUAAAUAUUUAAAACAAGUGGCUCACCUGCGUCUGAGUGUUUGGUUACCUCCACUAGCGAUACACAGCAAGGUCAGUCCGACAAACAACCAUGGUCUGUUGGGUCGACUCGUCCCAGAGGUUCUGUCGGAAGCAUGCCUUCUGGUUCCUGCUCCUCAGCUACGUCCUCUUCACACUCUUUGGGGGUCUGGUGCUCAUGGCUAUUGAGCAGCCCCAGGAAAACAAGCUCAGAGCACAGGUCCUUGAACUCCGAGGGAACUUUCUGAGGGACAACUACUGCGCACCGGAGAGCAGGCUGGAUACAAUUAUCGUGAAAGCGUCCUUUUCUGCUAAUCGAAACAUUGCUGUCUUAGAUGCACACAGAGAUGAUUGGAGCUGGGAUUUUAUCUCGUCCAUGUUCUUUGUGAUCAAUGUUUUGACUGUCCGUGGUUAUGGUAACUCCAGUCUCCUUUCUGAUGACGGCAAACUUUUCUGCAUCUUCUACUGCCUGCUGGGAAUCCCCCUCACCCUUUAUGUCCUCUCCUGCCUGUCUGACCUCAUGCUGCCCAUCCUUACCCACGGCCCUGUGCGCCACCUCCAGACCUACUGGGGCCUGCCCUACGGCCGGGCAGUGCUGCUCCAUGCCAGCCUCUUCUCUCUGGUCCUGGUGAUACUCUUGUUCCUGCUGCCCGCUACCAGCCUCUGCUACCUGGAGCCAGAGUGGAGCUUCCUGGAGACCCUGUUCUUCUGCGUGGUCACCCUCAGCACCAUCGGCCAGGGGGACUAUCUACUGGGGAAAAGGCGCAACAAGGCGACCAAGGAGUGCAUGGAAUUCCUCACCUCCUGUGAGAGUAGCCAUAGCAGAGUUGGGGUCAAUUCAAUUUAGACUUUUCUUUUUUUUUUUGCAGUUGAUUUCAGAAUUGGCAGUAAUCAAGAUGGAAAUGGAAUUGACCCUAAUCCUGCCUGGUCCUCCACACAGGCUUCUGCUUCCCCUCUUGUCCUCAUAGCUUUGUGAUAAUCGGAUGUAUCCGUCUCAUAUGUCUACCGUUUUUUUUUCUUCUCCACAGGUUAUUUAAUGGCUGGCAUCGUGGCGAUUCUGACUUUCCAGGAGACUGCCACGGAGGUGCCACAGGUCCAAGCAGUGUUCCGGCUGUUCUGUGGACCCCAGGACAGAGAAGUGAAGGGAACAGAUGGGGAUGAGAUGGUGCUCAGUGAAGAGGACUCUGGACCCAGAGGAGCUCCAGUACACUCUCCCUGACUCAAUCGCCCCCUGUCCUCUGGAACCGCCUGCACCCCUGUCUCCUGACCAGCCGAAUCCCCAUGAUCCUGACCCCCAACCUAUCCUAUGGUAGCCAGAACACUGUUCCUAACUCCCACCGUUAGCAUUCAAAGACGUUGAAAUAGAUGGGUGAGUGAUUUGACUAUGUUGCUAAAAUUCUUCGUCUUGGGGACUGUAAAAGUUAUUUGAAUUUGACCUCUAGUCUACAUGUUAGCUGCUUACAGGAAUACUUUGGGAUUUUGGAAAUGUAUCUACUUCCCUCGAGUCCGACGAGCUCGUGGACACCAGUUUGAAGAAAGUUGCUGGCUAGCACAAUUGCUAGUUACUAGUGCUAGCGCAAUGACUGGAAGUCUAUUGGUAUCUGCUAGCAUGGCUUCCAGCCAUUGCACUAAUGCGAGUUAGCAUUGGCUUGCGAAACUACUUCUAACUUCCUCCAUACUGGACAGAGACAUAAAAAUUGUGUCCACGAGUUCAUCUGACUCUGGGGAAGUAGAUAAAGGGCUAAUUGCCAAAAUCCCGAAGUAUCCCUUUGAGGUCAUUGUUGAUUUGUAAAUAAAAUAAUAUAUUUAUAUUGCGUAGAUGGUAUUGAUUUUAGACUUCCUAUAAUAAUGAAAAUCAGGUGAUGAGGUAUUUAAAAAAAAAAAAAAGAUUGUAAACCCCUGAGAGAAGGGUUGAGUUUGUGUAUUCUGGUUAUUUGAAUUGUACAAUACAGUUUAGUGUGUUUUUUGCGAAGAUGAAAAGUGAUUGUAAUAUCUGAGAAGCCAGACAGUCUUAAGUACUAAUAACAGACAUCUGCAUCUGCAGGGCCAGUUGUUCUAUCUUUUGUCAUACAGACCCAUUUAGGGAAGGCGUCUUGAGAAACAAAGCGUUCCCAUUUCUCCCACUCCAUACCAUGACUUAACAUGAAAAUCAUUUUAUGACGUAUUCCAAAAACAAUUGUUAGUAUCGAAGUCCUACACUUUCCUAUUACAAGUGUUUGUCAACUAAAUGACUUGCCACACAGUCAGUCCCUGAUGAAUGUAAUGGCUUAAGACUGUCAUGAUCAUGAAUGCACUAAACAUGUGAGGCAAUUUUUUUUCCUGUGUCGUUUUUACCCACUCUUAUACUGGGCAUGCUCUGUACAUGUUUUUUUUUUUGGUUGCACCUUUCACUGAAUAAAAUCGUAAAUGUACCAUAUCUUGUGAGUAGAGUUCUC